AUGUUGCUCCCAUCUGCUCUCCCCUGCGACAUGCGCCGCCCCGCGACUCCGCCAUAUCUGGAUCCCAGCCGCCAAUUCACAACCCCCCCACCAUCCGACGAUGAGUUCCCAUCGAGCAAUGACCUCUUGGGCACCUGUCGCGCCCUCCAAUCGCUUCUAAACGCAUCACCCGCCCCUUCACCACGAUGCGCAAAGCCAGAGCGCCUCCAAAGUCCCCUUCACAUCAGAUCCACGACUUCCGCUCGGUCGCGGAAGCAAAGGGACCCCAAACCAUCACCCAAGCCUUUGCGAAGCGUCAACAAACGCAAGCGCGAUCGCUGCGAGGGAAACGAUGGCACCAGCGACACAGAAAUCACUACUCGGGGCAUGCGAUUCUCGACCCCCAAGCGCACUCGUCACGCCCCCUAUGAGCUUCCUUUGGGUCUCUCUCAAUCAGACUUUUAUGCUCUUCACUCUCCACCAAUCUCACAAUCGCCUCCGUCGCCUGCGCAUUGUCGCCAACUGGACCUCAGUCCCGAGCAAAGCGCUCAGCUAUUUAAUCCCAACGCAGUGUUGCCAUCUAUCGAAGAAACACAGGAAACUCCGUCAAAUGAGACCUGGAAUGCGGACGACGACCAGCGACUUGUCGAGUUAGUUCUUCAAAAUUUCCAGCUUUCCCAGCGAGAUCUGGAGGACUACGCGCGCCGCAUGGGCAAAGACGAUGCCAGCGUCGGACGUCGAUGGCAGGCUCUUGUGGGAGAGGGAAAUGUCGGAUUACGAGGGCGACGAGUGGUUCGUCCUCGUUGGCUAUAG